UUGAAGACAUUAUAGGGAAACAAAGAAUUUAUUAACAAUUAUAAAAGUAAUUGAAUACUUUUACAGUGGUACACUCCCACAGACAUUUUUUUUUACUUUUGUGACUGAAUCUACAGAAAGUAACAGUUAUAAAUACAAAAUGCACAGGUCAGUGUGUGAUAGUAACUAAUCUGAUUGCCAAACUAAUGUAAUGUGGACUGUUGCUGUGUGUCUUUGUAGAUUAUCUAGCUGUAUGGUGACAGAGGAAGGCUGUGGUUAUCUGUCUUCAGCACUGAGUUCAAACCCAUCACAUCUCAAAGAGCUGGAUCUGAGCUACAAUCACCCAGGAGAUUCAGGAGUUCAGCUGCUCAACGGCAAGCUGAAGGAUCCAAACUACAGACUGGAUAAACUAAAUGUGGAUCAUGGAGGAGAGAUCAGGAUUACAGCAGGAGUACGCAAAUAUUAUCAUCAGUUCACUCUGGAUCUGAACACAGUGAAUGAAGACCUCCGUCUGUCUGAGAGCAACAGAAUGAUUACUCUUGGUGGCACAGAUCAGCCGUAUCCUGAUCAUCCAGACAGAUUUGAUGAGUGGCCUCAGGUGUUGUGUAGAGAGAGUGUGUGUGGACGCUGUUACUGGGAGAUUGAGUGGAGAGGUGGUGUGAAUAUCUCAGUGUCAUAUAAGAGCAUCAGCAGGAAGGGAUCGGGUAAUGAGUGUUUGUUUGGAUAUAAUGAUCAGUCCUGGAGUUUUAUCUGCUAUUUCUCCAGUUACUCAUUCAGACACAAUAAGCUACGGACUAAUCUCCCUGUAAAGUCCAUCUGCAGGAGAAUAGGAGUGUAUGUGGAUCACAGUGCAGGAACUCUGUCCUUCUACAGAGUCUCUGGAGACACAAUGAGCCUCAUCCACAAAGUCCAUACCACAUUCACUCAACCGCUCUAUCCUGGGUUUAGUGUUGAUAAUUCUAAUUCAUCAGUGAAACUGUGUUGAUGAAUCAGAACAGAU